AUGUUCUACGGUUCCACUAAACCAUCGAACGACAUCCCGAUUGAUGGCAUAUCUACCGAGGCUUUUAAAGAAUUCCUGCAAUUGUUUUACCUCAACAAAGUGCAGCUAACAUCGCUGAAUAUCAUCGAAGUGGUGCAAUUAUGCAAGAAAUACGAAGUGGCUGAUGGUUUAAGCGUUUGUGAGUCUCCAUUGGUAGCAUAUUUAAUUACGAAUCUCGAUGACAUGUGCUUAAACUAUGGUAAGGCUCUUAAUCUGAACGUACCGAGUGCGAUUCGCAAUUGUGGCCUGAAAAUCGGUGAAAAUGCAUUCGAAGUGUUGAAGUCAAGCAGUUUCUUGAAAUGCGAUCGAAAGCUGUUGGACAAAAUUUUGGAAAUAGUGGCAUCAAAAUGUAGCCCAUCUGUGAUUGUCGAGUCAUGUAUGGCUUGGGCAAAAGCUGAAUGUGUACGGCAACAAUUAGACAUUACAACGGUCAAUUUAAAAGCUCAACUCAAGAAUUCAUUGAAUCGAAUUCCAUUUGAUAAACUCAGCACCGAACAGUUUUCACAGCACAUCAACACGUACAAGCGCUUUUUCGUCGAAGACGAACUGGAAUCAUUGGUUUUGACUGCAAUGUCAAAGAAGGCAAAGUUGUGCGAUCUAGUGAACAAACUUGAUCCAUCAAUGCAUUUGGAAGUUAAAAUGCAUUUGGUGGAUUGUGAUCGUCGAUUGAAGACCAGCGCAAACGGUUCAUAUCAAAAACUCAUUAUGCCACAUUCAAUCACCUUCAUGUCUAGUGCUCUAGGAGUUCUACAUCGCAAAAUUGGUACGUGGCGCUGCUUCGCAAACUGUUACGUAUAG